AAUGAGUAGACAGAAGAAGAAGAACAAGGUCGUGAUCGUGUGCCAUGCUCCCAGAUUUAUCGAAUAAAAGGUCACGAAUAAGCUACAUUCUAUACUUUUUUUUUCCUGUGCUAUCUUUAAUGAGGACGAAGAGUUCCGUUGCUAGCUUAGAGGGGAAAAAGUCUUCGCUUGCGCCAGGAGCUAGGGUUCUAUAGGUUCUCGGUGGCUCGAUCGAUCGAUCGGCCAGCGCAUCGCGAAAUUUCGCAUCGCAAUGCUAAAUGCGAGCUCCAGGAGGCAGUGAUUGGCAGUGGCGCCGAGAGAUUAUGGGAUGUUUGGCGGUGGCGUUCUUGUUGUGCUCGAUCCUGGCGCUUGCGGCGGCGGAUCCAGCUCCUGGCAGGAGGAUUCACACGCUCUUCUCGGUGGAAUGCAACAACUACUUCGAUUGGCAGACCGUCGGGCUCAUGCACAGCUUCCGGAUCAGCGGCCAUGUCGGGCCGAUCACGCGGCUUCUCAGCUGCACGGACGAGCAGCUCGGGAGCUAUGGCGGCAUGGAUUUGGCUCCUACGCACGUUGUUCCUUCGAUGAGCAAGCAUCCCGUCACUGGAGACUGGUAUCCUGCGAUUAACAAGCCGGCUGGAGUUGUCCAUUGGCUCAACCACAGUGAGGACGCCAAGAAAGUAGACUGGGUGGUGAUCUUGGACGCUGACAUGAUCAUUAGAAAGCCUUUGCUUCCAUGGGAUCUAGGCGCAGAGAAAGGAAAGCCAGUCUCUGCGUCUUACGGAUAUCUCAUUGGAUGCGAUAACAUCCUUGCACAAUUACACACCGCUCACCCAGAGUUUUGUGACAAGGUUGGUGGUUUGAUAGCUAUGCAUAUUGACGACCUUAGAGCUAUGGCACCUCUCUGGCUUUCCAAAACGGAGGAGGUGAGACAAGAUAAAGAACAUUGGGCCACCAACAUAACGGGGGACAUUUACAGCUCGGGAUGGAUCAGUGAGAUGUAUGGUUACUCGUUUGGAGCUGCCGAGGUAGGAUUGCGUCACAAGAUUAACGAUGAUGUGAUGCUGUAUCCCGGCUACACUCCCAGAGCUGGUGUGGAACCUUCUCUGCUUCACUACGGACUCGGUUUUAAAGUAGGAAACUGGUCCUUUGGCAAAGCAAGUCACAGGGAUGAUAAUAUUGUCUACGAUUGUAAUCGUCUUUUCCCUGCUCCCCCACAUCCGGACGUGGUGAGAGGAAUGAACGCAAACGAAGAUGAAGCUCGAGGUUUUCUCUUAAGCGUUGAAUGCAUCAACACAAUUAACGCGGGUCUUGUUCUUCAUCACGAAAAGCGGGCCUGCCCGAAGCCCAAGUCAGAUUAUGUGAGCUUCUUGAACUACCUCUUGAAACCUUCAGCACACAGUAAGAAGGCUUCGGAAACAGUGAAUGCCGAGCAGCAAGAACCUCGGCCAUAUCCGAAAAUCCAUACCUUGUUCUCUGCUGAAUGCUCGGCCUAUUUUGACUGGCAAACGGUUGGUCUCGUCCAUAGCUUCAAGCUCAGUGGUCAACCUGGAUAUAUCACACGGUUACUUAGCUGCAGUGAGAAGGACUUGAAAAGUUACAAAGGAAUGGAUCUCGCUCCGACGCAUCUGGUACCAUCGAUGAGUGUGCACCCUCUCACCGGAGACUGGUAUCCAGCCAUCAACAAGCCCGCUGCAGUGUUACAUUGGCUACAUCACGUUGUAACCGAUGUGGAUUUUCUCGUUAUUUUAGACGCGGACAUGAUCAUGCGAGGACCAAUAACGCCAUGGGAGUUCAAUGCAGAGCGAGGACACCCAGUUUCAGCUCCAUACAACUAUCUGAUCGGCUGUGACAAUGAGCUUGCCCAGCUUCACACUCGACACCCGGAAGCCUGUGACAAAGUUGGAGGAGUUAUUAUCAUGCACAUCGAGGACGUCCGAGCUUUAGCACCACUUUGGCUUUUCAAGACUGAGGAAGUUCGAGCUGACAAAGCACACUGGGCGACCAACAUCACAGGAGAUCAAUACGCACACGGCUGGAUCAGUGAAAUGUACGGAUACUCCUUCGGUGCUGCAGAGAUUGAGCUAAGGCACAGGAUUCGUGACGACAUCAUGCUGUAUCCCGGCUAUGUACCUCAAGAAGGAAGUGAGCCGAGGGUGUUGCAUUACGGUCUCGAGUUCUCAGUAGGUGACUGGAAGUUCGACAAGGCAGACUGGCGAAACGAGAACAUGACGAGCAAAUGCUGGAGGAAAUUCCCAGAGCCCCCAGAUCCGUCCACUCUCACGACUUCGGACAGAGGCGAGCGCCGCCGGGACGAAAUAAGCAUCGAAUGCAUCAGCACAAUCAACCAGGCACUCGACAUCCAUCACAGGAAGCACGGUUGUGUUGCUGCUGCUACGACUACCACUACUACCACUGCUGCGAACUCCAGCAUAGCAUUCGGAAGCCGCGGAGAAGCAAAGCAAGGCUCUGAGGAAGCAGUGGUGGUGGAAAAGUCGGUUGACAGGGAGGCACUCAACAGUUUCAUGGCAUCCAAUCGACGACGCAGUGUUUUGGAGAGAUUCAAGCGGCUGCCAGUGAUAAGUCUCAGCCCGAGGUACUGGAUGAUCGCGCUGUGGACGCUCCUGGUAAGCUGCUUCUUGCUGGUUAUCUCAGCGAUUUAUUCCAGGCAGCGCAAUCACCAUGAAAAUGGUGGGACGAAGAAGAUCUCAAGGAGGAGAAACAAGCUCCUGGCGGAGGAAGAAUCAAAUGGUUCUUCACAGUCGCUAGAUCAGCCAUAGCUUAACAAUUUUUGUUCUUGUUGAUGAAAUAAACCGUGAUCGCGUGAAAUGCGGCGAGCCCUUCGAUCUUU